AUGGUCCUUUUUUUAGAUAAACCAUGCUCAUUAGUCUUUACACCAGUAGUUGAAAAUUCAAUUGGAUACUACUCGUAUCCACUUGCAGUAUCUGUUGGUGAUUUUAACAACGAUACAUGGCUGGAUAUUGUUGUAGUAAACCAUGGCAUGGACAAUGUCGGUAUAUUCCUCAGUUAUGAAAAUGGCACCUUUGCUAAUCAGAAGACCUAUUCAACUGGCUUCCGUUCACGUCCUGUUUCGGUUGCAGUUGGCCACGUCAAUAGUGACUAUCAACUUGAUAUUAUUGUUGGAAAUUUCGACACUCAUAGUAUAAGUAUACUUUUUGGAUAUGGUGAUGGAACGUUUGCAAACCAAUCUGCAUUUCCAGUUGGUGCUUCUCGUCCGAAAUCGAUCGCUGUUGGCGAUUUUAAUAACGAUGGUCAUCUAGAUAUUGCUGUCGCCAAUUAUGGCACUAACAAUGUAGGUAUACUAUUAGGAUAUGGUGAUGGUUCGUUCGAAUUUCCAGUUACCUACU